AAACUGCCAACCUGAGUAAAGUAAGAUAUGAAUCGGUGGACAAAGUGCUGGAGGAUGAAGAAGCUGUCCACUAUCCUGUUGAAUUCUUACACACUCUCAAUCCACCAGGGAUACCACCUCAUGUUCUUCAACUCAAGAUUGGCACUCCAAUAAUGCUCCGCAAUUUAAAUCCGCCAAAAUUAUGUAAUGGUACCAGGCUUCAAGUCAAGGUCUUAUACAAAAAUGUCAUUGAAGCCAUGAUUUUCACCGGAAAAUAUGAAGGAGAAACUGUAUUCAUUCCAAGGAUUCCUCUGAUCCCAUCAGAUUACCACUUCGAAUUUAAACGUCUGCAAUUUUCUGUCAAAGUUUCUUAUGCCAUGACGAUUAACAAGGCACAAGGGCAGAGUUUAAAGAUGACUG